GCUUUCCUUCUUCUUGGAGAGGUGUUUACAGUACUUUUCUUUUGGGCCCGUUUCUUUUCUUUUCGAUAUUCCACCGUUUGACUUCCCUUAUACCGCACUUGCAUUUUCAGUAGGCUCCACUACUGAUGGGUAUGUUGGGGUGGUGAGAAUUGUUCUUGGGCAGUGAGCUAUCUUGGUUUUAGAGACCAUUUUUUUGGGUGUGCUAAUUUACUCGAAAUAUUCCGGGAUUUGGGUUUUGUGUGGAGGUUUUUGAUUAUUUUAACUAUUUCGAAGGGGUUUGAGACUUUUAUAGCUUGGAGUGGGAGAAAGUAAGAAGUAGCAAAGGGGAAGAGAAGAGCAAUGGCAGGUGGUCAUGGAGGUGGUGGAGGAGGAGGAGGAGCUGCACCGCCGCCCAAGCAGGAUGAGUUGCAGCCUCAUCCUGCCAAAGAUCAGCUUCCCAGUGUUUCUUACUGCAUUACCAGUCCUCCUCCUUGGCCCGAGGCUAUACUACUUGGAUUCCAGCACUACCUUGUGAUGCUAGGGACCACAGUUCUGAUUCCCUCCUCUCUGGUUCCCCAGAUGGGAGGAGGAAAUGAAGAGAAAGCGAAGGUGAUUCAGACGCUACUGUUUGUUGCUGGUUUGAACACAUUGACUCAGACAUUGUUUGGAACCAGAUUACCUGCUGUGAUUGGAGGGUCUUACACCUUUGUUCCAACGACACUUUCGAUUGUCUUGGCUGGUCGAUACAAUGGAAUUUUAGAUCCUGUUGAGAAAUUUGAGAAGAUAAUGCGAGGUAUCCAGGGAGCCCUUAUUAUGGCCUCAACUCUUCAGAUUGUCAUUGGUUUUAGUGGCCUUUGGCGUAAUGUCACAAGGUUCUUGAGUCCACUAUCUGCUGCUCCUUUGGUAGCUUUGACGGGCUUUGGGCUCUAUGAGUUUGGAUUUCCUCUGCUUACAAAAUGCGUGGAAAUUGGACUGCCCCAGCUCAUCUUUCUAGUUAUCUUUUCACAGUAUAUACCUCAUUUGAUAAGUGGAGAUAGGCAUAUCUUUGAUCGCUUUGCUGUUAUAUUUUCUGUAAUCAUCGUGUGGAUCUAUGCUCACCUACUCACUGUGGGCGGUGCGUACAAGAAUGCACCACCAAAGACACAAUUAAGCUGCCGAACAGAUCGUGCUGGAAUCAUAAGUGCAGCUCCAUGGAUAAGGGUCCCAUAUCCAUUUCAAUGGGGAGCUCCAACAUUUGAUGCUGGAGAAGCUUUUGCUAUGAUGGCUGCUUCUUUUGUCGCUCUUGUUGAGUCCACUGGUGCCUUCAUUGCUGUCUCAAGGUAUGCGAGUGCAACUCCUUUGCCACCUUCUAUUCUCAGCCGUGGUGUAGGUUGGCAGGGAGUAGGCAUAUUGUUCUCUGGGUUAUUUGGAACCGGGAAUGGAUCAUCCGUGUCUAUUGAAAAUGCUGGUUUGCUUGCAUUGACACGAGUUGGCAGCCGUAGAGUCGUGCAAAUAUCUGCUGGUUUCAUGAUUUUCUUUUCCAUACUUGGGAAAUUUGGGGCGGUCUUUGCUUCAAUUCCGGCGCCAAUUAUUGCAGCUUUGUAUUGUCUUUUCUUCGCUUACGUAGGAGCUGGAGGUCUCAGUUUCCUACAGUUUUGUAACUUAAACAGCUUCAGAACAAAGUUCAUACUGGGAUUCUCAAUUUUCAUGGGCUUAUCAAUACCACAGUAUUUCAACGAGUACACAGCAGUUAAGGGUUAUGGCCCUGUCCACACCGGAGCAAGAUGGUUCAAUGAUAUGAUCAACGUGCCGUUUUCAUCAGAGCCAUUUGUUGCUGGUUUAUUGGCACUAUUCCUAGAUGUCACCUUGCAGCGGAAAGUCAGCGCAACCAGGAAGGACCGGGGGAUGCCUUGGUGGGACCGGUUCCGAUCAUUCAAGACAGAUACGAGGAGUGAUGAAUUCUAUUCGCUGCCCUUCAAUCUCAACAAGUUCUUCCCAUCUGUGUAAUUUCGGGUCUUGGGAAAUCAAACAUAGGCUUAUGAUCGAGUCAUGGAGUUAUGUCCCCAAAUAGCUCAUUGGUGGUAUUGCACUUUAUUAUUGCAUUCUUUUUGCAGCUUUAUCGUCCUUUUUCCACAUGUCAAACUUGGGUUUGUGAGCCGGCCGGCGGGCGCAAUGAGACCCACUUGAUCACACUUGAGAGUCGGUGAUUUGAUACAAUAUGUAUGACAGUAUUAGCUUUGAAGUCUUAUUUUUGUUUUGUAUGAGAAGAAUAUCUUCAGAGGUUGGUUUCAAGCCUCAUCUA